GUAGGCUCGCGCCGCACGUUUCCCCGUGCGCCACGCGCCGAUGGAACUUUCGGCGUUCUCGCGCAGCGAAGCCUGAUGGUCGUGGUCGGCGCGCGGAGCGCACGGGCGACGGGGGACCAAAGUUCGGCUCGCGACCGCACGCGUGUGAGGAUGGAGGACGAGCUGGUGUGCGAGUACGACUCCACCUGGGACACCGAGAGCGAGGGCGACGACGCGGCAGACAACGGCGCGCGGCGCUCGAGCCACGACAGGACCAGAAGAGCACGGGCCGGCUUUUGGUCCAAUUCGUCCUCCAGAAACCUUCGUGCAGCCAAAGACAUGCAGAACUACAGACACGGCUAUCCAAACAUCAUUGACGAGGAAUGCGCAGAGGAGCGAAUGCCUAAUUUAAAAUUCUACUUGAAUGAAAUGAAGUCCUCUCCUGAUGACGUAUCGAUCGAGACGUUUCAUAGCGAGUGGAGAACAGACUACAAGAGGCUAGAAAGGGUUCACUCUUACAUUCAGUGGCUGUUUCCUCUGCGUGAGCCUGGGGUGAAUUACAUGGCCACCGAGCUCAGCAAGAAGGAGAUCCAGGCGUUCCGGGAGAGCGAAGAGGCCAGGCGACGCCUUGUGGAUUCCUACGAGCUCAUGCUGGGUUUCUAUGGCAUCCAGCUUCUGAACCGCGAGACUGGAGAGGUGACGCGCUCAGAGAACUGGAGAGAGCGCUUUGCCAACCUGGAGCGGAACAUGCACAACAACCUGCGGAUCACACGCAUGCUGAAGAGUCUGGGGGAGCUGGGCUUCGAGCGCUUCCAGGCCCCACUGGUGCACUUCUUCCUGGAGGAGACACUCGUCCGCAAGAACCUGGGCAGCGUGAAGCGCAGCGUGCUCGACUACUUCCUGUUCGCCGUGCGAGACAAGCGGGAGCGCCGGAAGCUGAUCCGCUACGCCUUCCAGCACUACGAGCCGAAGGACAAGUUCGUGUGGUGCCCCAGGAGAGUCCAGAAGCGCUUCAAGAAGAAGGCGGAGAAGAGACUAGACCUGUCGGUGGGCAACGGGCAGCCGGCCGACGAGGGCCAGACCCCCGGCACGAGCACGGAUGCGGAAAGGGAUGACAAGGCCGUCGAGACCCGGAAGGAGAGCGAGGACGACCCCAUGAGCGUCGAUUUGGAAAAGCAGCUGGAAGGUACCUCGGUCGACCCCGAACCGAACCCAGACGGUUCCGCUGUUUAUCCCGCACCUCUGGAGGCCAGCAGCAGCGCAAACGACGGGGAGAUGGAUCUGUCCGGCGGCACCGAGUCCAGCAUUGCUAAAGCCCAGGACGGGAGCACGGAGGAGAACAAAAAGGCCAGGGAGAUGGUGCCGGACAGAGGCCCCGCAGACGCGCAGAUGCCGGCACCGAUCGACGCGGACGAAGACCCCGCUCGGCGCGCAGGCCACGACGGCGCCCAGAACAGCCGCCGCUCACCAGAGCUUCCUGGCCCGCAGGACGAGAGCGACGCCGGGGCCGAGACCUGGGCCGCGGUCGGAAGCCCCAAACACGUCCUGCCCUGCGCGUCCCCGAGCAAACGGGCAGAAAAGCUCCCCAGGACAGAGACGGCACCCGUCCCUGACCGCCUGGAGACGCCAGGGGCGGGCGUCGUCACACACGGCAGCAAGCAGAGCGAGGCAGCGGCUCUGAUGGACGGCCAGCCGAGCGCGGCGGGCGGUGCGGGGUCCUAAACGCUGCGGAUGAACACCGACAUACAAACUACUCUAAUUAGGUGCCGAAAUAUGCACAAAUAAAUACAAAAUCAUUCUUGGGUGGGUAAAUUUUUUGUUUGUUUGUUUUUGUUUUUGUUUGGAUGUAAAUCACCAUCACGUUUGGGCAGGGCUACGUGUGUAUGGGAAGCUUGUAUCUUGGCCUCCGUCAGCCCCUCGUCACCAAUACGCCAUUUUUGCGCAUAAUUAAAUUAUUUUAAUGAUGUUAAUGUGGUCUGGAUGCUUGAUGCGGUCUCGUCGUUAGGAGCUUGUCUCACCAUACUCGAUUGCACGCUGACUAACUGGGGAAGAGUUGGGUAAGCGGAAAUGGUAUUUUUGGUGGUGGUUUUUUUGGUUUUGUUUUGUUUUUUAACUAUUGCACCAGGCGUUUUCAUAAGAAGCAGAAGUGCUCACAUUUACCGUGUGGGAGGAUCAGUAUAGUAUAAUUUCUGUGAAAGACCAAUGAGACUCAACUCUGUUUAUGGAGUGUGUGCACAGAAUGUCCCUUUAUCCAGAUUAGUGAGUGUAACACAUUCAGGAGGUUCUCCAAAGUCUAAGCCAGAAGACCGCCGCGCUGGUCGGGUCUGCAUUGCUUCAUGCUGUAGUCUGCACUGAAAUAAAUGUAUAUCAUGCUAUUCUAUAAUACAGAAGAAGGAAACUAAAAGGUGAGUUUCUCAGGCCUGUGAGGAAUCUAAGCCUAGCGACCUAGAAGAGUUCCAACAGCAGAUCAACAUGUACGACAUCCGUCCUACUUCAGAGCGUUCGGCCUGCCAGACCAAAGAUUAGUCCUGAACCAAGACCAAGGACCAAGGUGGACUGUUGAUGGAGAAUCACGAAUGACCAUUCAGUUUAGUCCCAUACUAGGCCAACCAGCCUCGAGAGUUCCAGCACUGUGAUGGCUCAGUAUCCACAGUGCUGUCAUGGGGAGUCUCAUUAAGCACAGCGCUGUUAAUGUGGGUCUUUUGGUGCUGUGGGCCAUAGUUACACUGCAUUGCUGUAGAGGUUCUGCAUCCCAGGCUCUGGGUUUGGUUUACGUUGUGAAUCGAAUGUUUUGUCGCCAUGGCUUCGUCACAAUCGCUGUCUGGGACCUAGGGUUUCUUCAUGCCACAUAAUUUCUGUUUUCGUGUGCAUAGUUCAGAGCCACGUUGCCACCAACUUUGGCUUCCUGCUUGCUUGUUUUUUUCCACUUAAACGAGGAAGUCGAGGAUUCUGGCACUCAGGUUCAAUUCUUAGUGUCUGAUGCCUUUUGACCCUCAUAUCCACUCUGGUUCUGAUCUGUCUAACUGCGUCUCCUGCACGCCGCUCUGUUUAUUGGUCAUUUUGACUGUUCACGUGAGGACUCAGCGUGUCGGACGUGCCGCGCUGGGGCCAGCGUGUCGGAUGUACGCCUUGCACUGAUGAACUCAAUAUGAAGGCGUUCAGGUAUUCAUGCUCUGAACUAAUGCACUGCUUAAAAGAAAUGUGUCUUACAAUGUGAAGAGUCACGAGGAGAAGGACCUGGCUGAUUGUAUGAAUUUCUUUCUCUUUCUGCAAGCGAGAUACUUGUGACUGAAUGUUUUGUGACCAGCUACCAAGUCACGUAAUAAAUGGAGACUCUGAAGAGCCGUGCUUAAUAUUA